AUGCAGUUCAAGCUUUCUGUUUUGUUUGUUGUCCUUGCCGUGAGCAUUACGCAGGCCAGCGCCGCUCCGGCCGCCCCCCUCGUCAAGCGUGAUCAGCCCGAGGGCAAGUGGAUCCCCCCCUACAUCGGCCAGGUCGAGAAGCGCGACCAGCCCGAGGGCAAGUGGAUCCCCCACUACAUCGGCCAGGUCGAGAAGCGCGACCAGCCCGAGGGCAAGUGGAUCCCCCCCUACAUCGGCCAGGUCGAGAAGCGUGACCAGCCCGAGGGCAAGUGGAUCCCCCCCUACAUCGGCCAGGUCGAGAAGCGCGACCAGCCCGAGGGCAAGUGGAUCCCCCCCUACAUCGGCCAGGUCGAGAAGCGUGACCAGCCCGAGGGCAAGUGGAUCCCCCCCUACAUCGGCCAGGUCGAGAAGCGUGACCAGCCCGAGGGCAAGUGGAUUCCCCCCUACAUCGGCCAGGUCGAGAAGCGUCGCAAGCCCGAGGGCAAGUGGAUUCCCCCUUACAUUGGCCAGGUCGAGAAGCGCCAGGAGGAGGGCGGUGAGGGUAUUCCCCCUAACAUCGGCCAGGUCCUCGAUGAGGAGAAGCGCGAGGAGCAGAAGGUCAACGGCAAGUGGAUUCCUGCCUACAUCGGCCAGGUCCUCUAA